ACAAGACCAGAAACUCAAUAUUCCCCAGUGAUCGUUUCAUUCCCCUUCCUCCUCUCCAUCUCAUCCCCUUUCCCUUCUUGUUUUGUUUUAACCUCGCAACAUCUCGCAUCCCGCAUCUCGCAUUUUUGCUUGUUGUCCCUGGCGGGCACGGCGGGUAAUGCGUUGCAUGCGCGCCGGUAAAGUUCGGCCCAAGGCGCGGUCGCCCAGAGCCAGAUGGGGGUGAGGGGGGGGUGGGGGGCGGCCGCAUCCCGCUAUGAGCGCGCGGCACCAACAGUCGUCAUUCGUUGCGCACACGCACGCGGCGUGGCGGGAAUAUUGUAACUACGGAUAGCAUGUCCGAGGAUAUGCAGAUGCUUGCCGACUUUUGCCCAAGAGCCUUGGGAUGACGGCGAUCAGUGACAAUGCUGACAUUGCUGCAGAACAUGCUGAACGUCAGGGAAGCUGGGCCAACCGGCUGGCCGUCAAUGCCUUGUGGCCACUAAUUGCCUCCAAGGGAGGGGACUCGUCAACGGCGCCGAGCCCGCUUCUGACAUGAGCACUCCGACGAAGCUGGGCAAUGACGACGCUCAAGCUAUUCAAGAUCCCUGGUGGAUAAAUCCAUGACUUGCGCUGCAUGAGGAAGCUCCGAGACACGUAUUUGCACUCCGACAAACCGUCAUGUAUCAUGUGUAAAGAAGCACACCGACGAAACUUGCUCCAUCCAGUUCUGCCCCCCGAGAGGCUCGUCAUGCUGAUGCUCCUGCAGUAAGUCGGGAGUCCUGCCACUGCUAGCCCAGCCACGACAGUCCGAGAAUGACGCUCGACGGAGGGCCAAGCAAAACCGGAAACCCCAGCCCUAGCGUGCCUUGUGAUGGCCCAAGACUCCCAGGAGGCGGCAAACCACAUGCGACAACAGCCAUAUCACUACCUAGUCGAGACAUCAUGCCAGGCUCUAAGCCCCUAGCGUGCUGCCCUUGAAUGCUCUGGCAGAGAUGCGGUGCAUUCCUGGUGAAGCUGGUGCGGCCCGUCCGUGUCUCGCCGGUCUCAUGGCUCAGGUUCGCUGAUGCGAGCCGGCUAAACGUCUAGGCGUGGGAUUUUCCAGCCCCCCUCCCCGCGAUGUGAUUUGUGGGCUUCCGACCGUCCCUGCCUCACCCCUAAUGCUGCCGCCGAUGCUUCUUACAAUCUUGGGGCCGUUGGUGGGUGGGACGUGGGACGGGGCGCCGCUGUACCGCCGCGGGCAAGGGCGUCCCAACCUAAGCAACCCGCCGGAGCUGGGCGGAGGGCACGGCCCCCUGCGGCUGCAUUGAUUUUCCAACGUCCGCCAUGUCGCACCCGAUGGACCCUCCGAUCAGGCGUCUCUGCAAUUGUCAACCUCAGCAGAGGAGGAAGAAAAAGAGAAGAGCAAGGCGAAGAGAGGGAAAAAACAGAGGCCACCACCUAAACGACAGAGCCACGAUCGACACCACCACCAUAAUCACCACACCCUGCAAACCGUUGCUCUCGUAGCGGCCCGCGACCAAUACACCGGUCCGAUCUCACCCACUUUUCAGUCUUGGGGCGCGUCCAAAGCCCACAUUCCAACACGACCCCGACGAACCACGCAUUCCCAUCGCCGACCAACAAAAGCCUUCCUUGUCCGACGACGAACCGUACUGGUCUUUACCAUCUAGCGGCAAGCCUCUGCGUUAACCGCCCCCACCACCACCAACAUCCACCACCUCCCUGCGACGACCUUCAAACCGCAGCCAUGGCCGUAAACGACCUGGUAUCGGACAAGAAGCUGGGCGCUGUCCUGCAAACCUCCGGCGACGCCCAGAACCAGGCUCUCAAGCUGCUGCAGCUCCUCUCCGACAUCGCCCGGGCCGAGGAGACCGGCGGCGCCGUCGAGCAGCUGCAGGCGACGCUCUCCAAGGAGCAGAAGCUGCUGCUCACAAACAUCUCCCAGCUGCGCGGUCUGCAUCGCUCCGCCAAUUUCGACGCCAGGGACACAAAGGCCCAGACGGCCGAGGCGAGGCACGAGGUCGACCGCCUACACCUCCAGCUGCAGAAUUUGUACUACGAACAGAGGCACCUCGAGGGCGAGAUCGAUGCGUGCGGGUCCUACGACCAUACCUAUCAGAAGCUCUCUCUCAUCCCCGUCGAAAACUUUGUUGCCCUGCAUCCCGAGCACGCUGACAACGAUGAGAACGCCAUGAUGGUUGCACGUAUUGGCCACGAGAGAGCGGAGCGGGAGGCCCUCGAGAAGCAGAGGCUGGAGCUUGUAGGAAGGAAGCAAAAGCUCAUCGCGGAUAACAAGAAGCGCAAGGACGACUUGGCCAACCUCGACAAGGACCUUGAGAAAUUCAUCGACGCUGCGAAACCCAUCCAAGAACUCUUCGAGAAGGUGGUCUGAGAUGUCUCGAACACUUUACCCUGAUCCCCUGUAUUGCUGGAGACAUAUGUGGCAUGUCUGGUCUGCAACCAACACUAGACAUGCCUAUCCGACUUUCAUGAUGAGUCGAAGAUACAUUCCGAGACCCGUAUCCCGAGGCUUGGAUGGACCCUCUGGCCUUGACACGGCAUACUGUUGGACGAAUGCACCUCCAUCCAGGCGCACCACAGGUAAAGCGUAUACCUGGAGUGCCAUAAGAUCGGACAGAAGCCAAAACUUUGCUCGUCUGCCUUGAUGAGACGAUGACAUGUCGUUGGCCAUUUCCGCUUCGAGGAAAGGAACGGGCUCACGGGGCGAGAACAUGAAAAAAAAACUCGGCACUUCGUGUCGGUAGGCACUAUCAGACUGGAUGCCGACGGAGCCGAUGAGUGAUGCUCGGUCGUCCGCGCCGUGAUUUCGAGGGGCAAGGGGGUCGUGAAGCGGGUAUACAUGAGACCACAAAAGUUCGGCAUUCGCAGUAGAGAACAAAUAUCGCAUUCUCGUAGCGUAGACAGCGCCACCACAACGGUCUGCGGGUGCAACGUCUCGUUUGCCCAUACAAUAAUUCUCUGAAACGGGACACACACUCACACACACACACACAUCAAUAAAUCCGUGUACUUUAGUAACUGUCUUCAGACUUGCGAGAUUGCCUUGAACUGCGCCAGUCCAGGGAGAGUCAGCUAGCCGGCUCCCAUUCAAACAAUGUGACCCGACGCUGACCGCCCGCCGGCCGGUCGGCCGCCGAGUAUUCACCGAGCCGGCGUAGGUCCGGGCGGCCACGAGACGGUCCGGCAGAACCAAAGCUAUGUCCAAUAGCAGACGUCACGCACAGGGCAGCCGAAGGUCUCACCCCGGAUCCGAUGAUGCCACAUGUCAAUCCCGCCAGGAGACUGGUUUGGUCGAUCCGUCUGGCCAUCGGGGCCAUCGGGGUCACGGGGUGUAAGAGCCCCGGGCGAACUUUCUCUUUUUGUCCACUUUUGACUUUCGAGCGUCUGGGGCAACCCGUUUCAGCGAUGGCGAAGCUGUCCAGAAGCCCGUUGAAUCCGUAAGCCAAGGGUCCGUUCGUCUGGUAUCGCGGCAUUGACGGCCGGUGAUAUGGCCGCAUAGUUCGAGAAGAGACUACAUCGUAGGAGAGGAUGACGGGUCGCCGGAGACGUUGAUCUGCCGGCCUGCUUAGUUGACACUAGGAGCUCUAAAGUGUCCCUUAUCCCAUCUCGUUGCCGACGCCACGUUGCCCAGGGGUUUUGCUGGCUUCGGGAGACGUGAUGUGGGAGUAUGUCCCAUCUCGGCCGUCUUUCAGGGCCUGUUUCAUACUUGUUUCCCGCCUUGAAGCAAAAAAACAAAAACAAAAUGCAGGAUCCCGUCGGUCGACA